CAGCUCCGACUCCGACUCCCGCCGUUGAGUUUAAAGUUUAUUAACUUUUACAACCUUUUAUAACCUUUAUUAACCUUGACCAAUGCCAUUAUUUCAAUGCCGUCCAAGUCCUCGGGACUUAACACUCCCACAAUCCCUAUGAAAACAUAUUAUAUUCGAAUAUGCCGCCGCCCAAUACUCCGGAAGAAGGGCUAUACUGCGAGCAGGUAAGGCAGAAGGCGGAUCUAGAAGAACACCAAGACACCGAAUGUCCGAAUCGGAAGACGGAAUGUGCAUUGUGUAAUAUCGAGUAUGUACGGCACAAGCAGGAGGAACAUUCAAAAGAAUGCCCCGAAGCCCAAACCGGCUGCAAAUUUGCCUUAUUUGGCUGCGAGCAACUCUUCAAGCGCUGGCAGCUAGAGGAGCACGCAUUGAAGUGCGCAUAUCGGGUUGUUGGGCCUGUAGGAGAGCAGCUGGCCGAACUUCGGGCUGAGCUUAACACUCUCCAGGAGAGAGAUCGAUUAAAAGAUCGACGGAUCAAGUUUCUCGAGAACCGAGGAUUUCCGCUGCCGACACCGACCUCGCCAGAGCCCAUGUCGGAUAUCAAUUUACCAGAGGGCAGCUCAACCCACGAGGACAGCGCACCUUACGAGUCUCGAGAUCAGUAUUUCUUAUCCCUAUUCGAGGCUAUGGAGUCCAAGGUUGAGCGCCUUUCUACCGCGCUCAACGAAGUCGAGGGACGACAUUCGAUGAUGCUUUUCAAUGAGAGCUCGCAGAUCAAAGACCAGCUUACUGAGAUUCGGAGCACCAUGGGCGUGCUCGGGAUGCAUGUUAGGUGGCUCAUGAACUUCAGAUUGCAAGAGAGAGGCAGGGCCGGGUCAUCCUCUCCGAUCACGCCAAACUCAUUCUCUAGCAACCAGGCGAAUAUUAUUGACGACAAUAUAUCCCGACGUAUGAUUGUUAACUUACGAGAGCAUCCGCCUCGGUUAUAGGCAACUUAUAUUGGUUCUUGUAUGCUUAAGAUGAACGAGUUCGGAGUCACCUGAAUUACUUUACUGGUAUCUAAAGACGUUGUCUUCUCUCUGCGGGAUGGUUCGGGUAGUGUUUCAAGCCCAAGCAGAAUGAUAUUUGGAGUUUUAUGGUAUCACCCGCGCAGUAAUCUAUUGGGAUAAUUCGUUCUCGAUUGCUAGGACUUAUAUAAAUUGUAUGGGACAACAGGACGUACUAGCAAAAAAAAAACAAUCAUACGCUUAAUUGUCUACCUCUUCAUCUUCUUGUCUUCCCGUCAUGUCCACGUCAACAUGCCUCUUUUAUGAGGGUGUCGUAUGAACGGAUAUAUCAU